GGGGGUCAGUGGGGUGGUUGGACAUACAAAUCGACCAUUGCUGCUUGACAACCAACCAUGGCUGAGAACACCGACAAUGCUGAAGAAGCGGCCGUGGCCGCGGCACCCGAGCUGGAACGCCAGUCGGACGGCUCAGGCGAGGCCGAUGAUGCCUCAGACCCCGAAGCCAGCACGGCAGUGACCAUUGGCGUUGAAGAGGCGUCCGAAGAUGCGGGCGUUGUCGAGGCUGGUGGUGAGGUCCAAUCCGAGCUGCCGGCUCCUGAGACUGAGGCCCAGCCGGACGAGGGGGCUCAGCCGGACGACCUCGAGGCCCAGCACGAUAACAUUGAGGCCCAGUCAGACACCGCUGACGCGGCACCCUCGGGGGAUGAUGCAGCAGCAGCUGAGUCCGAGCACGCUGACGCUGAAAGCGCACAAAACACUCAGGACGCUGCAGCGGAAACACAGAUGCCAAACAACCAAGAGGACCCAGUCAGCUUGCAGGCUCAGUUGGACCGCUUGCAGCCCCUUGCAGAGGCCUUGCGCACGGCGGCUGCUGCUGCCGCGACCCCCUCUGAUGAGGCUCCUGCUGCCGACGCUGCCGCUGAAACUGCCGUCGAUGGAAAUGAGACUGGCCCCACCCCUUCAGAAGAGCUUGAUCCUACGGAAAAGUCCGAUACUGAAGCCGCCCCGGCGGCCGGAUCAGCCGAGACCGAGGCCUUGUCGAGCAUUGCUAUUCCAGACGAUUUGCCGCAGGAUCCCACUGAACUUUUGGCCUUGUACGAUGAACUGCUCGCUCGCCACGCCACUGCCAUGGAGGCACAAGCAUCCGGCUUGGAUGCUGGUGAAGCAUCAGCGCCAGAAGAAUCAUCCCAAACCGGGGAAGUUGAUCAGUUGGUUCCGGCUACAGAGACCGACCACGCUGAAACCGACGAGCAAACAACAGAGGAAGGGACAGAGCCCGAGAUAGAGACGCUGCCACCACCCAAUCUGGAAGGCCUCGAUGACGAUGCCCGCGCAAUUGCGCUGCUUGAUCAUGAACUGCUGCUUGCUCGUCGCACUGCUGAAGCUGAAGCCCACAAGGCGGCUCAAAAUCCCGCUGCUGGCGAGGAGAGGACUGAGGCCGAGGGGACCGAGGUGGACCCCUCCCCUCUCGAUGAGGCACGGGCUCGGAUCGAAGCACUCGAGGCACAGCGAGCAGACUUGCUGGAGGAGCAAGCCGCCCGGGCCGAGGCCGAGGCCGCUGCCGAGGCAGCUCGCGUUGAAGCCGAGGCCGAGGCAGCCCAGCGAAUGGCUGCAGAGCGCGCGCAUCGGCGCCAGCUGAUUGAAGAAUAUAGUCGUUUAUCCAGCGCCCUGAACAACGCCGAGAUGAACAACGGCAUUAUGCACGCCAACUUGGCCGAAUACCUGCACAGCAAGCGAACGAACAAUGACCAAGGCAAGAAAACCUCAUCGGCUGAAGCCAAGCACCAAUACCAGUUGUUGCUUGAGCGCCUUGUUGCCAUGGAUCGAGCUCGCGCCGACCGCAUGCAACAUCAAGACGAAUCUACAAAUCACCUGGUCCAUGCCAUUGCGAGCAGUCGCGAGCAGGUGGAGCGGCUCAAAUCCCAGUACACCAAAUUGCGCCGACGGGUGGCACUGAGCUCCAUCAGCCGCCAAUCAGGCAUGCGCAUGCGUUCUGAUCAGCUGGAGGAACUCGAGCAAGCCUGGGAGAGUCAACAGACGGUCCUUUCACGCCAACGGCGCAUCUAUUCACGUGCCAUGUCUGGCCUGGAGAGUGUCUCGCAUCGGUCAGAGGCCCAUGACCAGCGAUCCGGCGGGCUGAGCCUCAUUGACUUUGAGCAGCUCAAGAUUGAGAAUCAGACGCGUACAGAGCAGAUUGAGGAGAGAACCGAUGAGGUGAUCAAUCUUAAGCGGCGUGUCGCCACAACAGUGCAGAUCUUGUCACACGUGACGGAGAAGCUUCACUUUUUGCGUGAGGAGGCACAAAUUCAUCGAGGAAAGCUGCGAGAGGAAGAUGCCAACUUGGCCCGGCGGCGAGCCGAGCUCUCUCGCCUCAAAAAGGUUCGCGACCAGCUCGCCAACCAAACUCAGCGGUUACGCCAGGAGCUGACUCUCCUACACCGCGAAGACUUGCAACGCGACUUUGAGGGAAAAGAAGAUGAACGAGCUCUCCUCACCGAGCGUGCCGAAGAGCUGCAAUCUCUUCACGGAACCAUCCGGGAGCAAACCUUUCAACUCACCCAGCGCCUGCCACCUACCUCGGCCGUCACAGAGAAGAAAGAGCAUGCAGCGUCGGCGCGGCCGUUUAAUACUGUUAACAUCGAGUUUGGUUAACGCUCCACAACUGUGUCUUUUAUAUAGGUUUUGUGAUCCUUGAGCUAAACUGAUUUCUUUGUCGGUCUCUUUCCUGCGUUUGUGGACGGGACUGUGGCCGUGUACGCACGGUUGUUUGCUUUGCUCCAUCGAUCUUAGUCCCCUGUGUCUGUUCGGAGUUCUUCCCCCGUUUACUUGGCCCGCGGUCAAAAAUUUAAUUGGAAGCG